AUGGAGUGGUUUGUAAAGUUCCUGGUAAAGUUUCAGAUUGCCUUUCUAAGCAUCAACUUAAUUUAUGGAAUGCACAAUCCAAUGAUGCGAAUUCAUUGUGAUUUGGGAGAGCUCCUAACUUGCAAGUUUAGAUUUGUUCACUGUUGGCUCUACGAGUGCGUGUGUCUUCCAGAACACAUUUAUCUAGGACUCGGAAAUGGCUGCCUCUAUAUAGAAUUCGCUUAAAAAGUAA